GAGCCCGCAGGAAACGGCUCCUGCUCCCAGAACCCGGCCUGGGGACGGCGGACGGGGACACCGGAGCCGGGGACACUGAGCCGGAGCCCGGCUGAGCCUGCCCGGAGCGGGGCGAGCCCCGGAGCCCGCAGCUGAUGCACAGCCUUCCCCCUUGAGAUUGCUGCUCCUUCCUCGUGCCCUGCGGCAGGAAGGACAUUGAGCAACUGCUCACAAGCGGCUCCACGGAGGGGACCCGAAGGCUGGGACAGCACAGUGGGUGUUGCAAGAGCCUCGUCUCGGACAUCUCCACAAGGAGCAUCCCCCCACAGACACCAAGCUCAGGAUUAAACAGAGGAGCCAUGUUCCAGGCCACGGGACCCCCCAGCUCCCCCCCAGCUCAUGAGGCAAAGAACAGCUCAGGAGGCAGCACCGUGCAGCGCUCCAAGUCCUUCAGCCUGAAGGCACAAGUGAAGGAGAUGUGCACUGCCUGCCAGAAAACCGUGUACCCCAUGGAGCGGCUCGUGGCCGAUAAGUUCGUCUUCCACAACGCCUGCUUCUGCUGCAAGCACUGCCACACCAAGCUCAGCCUGGGCAGCUACGCAGCUCUCCAUGGGGAAUUCUACUGCAAGCCCCACUUCCAGCAGCUCUUCAAGAGUAAAGGCAACUACGACGAGGGCUUCGGGCGCAAGCAGCACAAGGAGCUGUGGGUGCACAAGGAGGUGGAGACUGGGACCAAGUCGGCGUGAGCCUCCCCUGGAGCACCGGAGCCGUGCUGAGCCGGGCGCUAACUGAGCUGAUGUAAAGCAAAGGGGACCCAAGGGAUGUGAGGGUGGGAGGCAGCGCAGCCCUCUCUGGAGGAUGUAUAGAGGGGUCCUAUAGGACCAGAGGUGAGCAGGGCACAGCCUCCAAGCCCUGUACAGGCAUUUCAGGUUUGCCACCACGGAUAGAGAUGAUCUUGGAGGGGCCUUAACCCAUCCUCUAAGUCAGAGCAGAGCUCCCAGCUCCUGCCACACCAAUCCUGCCUUGCUGGGGCUCUGCCUAAGGAGGGUCCUUGCUUUACAUCAGCUCAGUUCCGCUGGGAAUGUUCAGCCUUAAGGAUGUUGCCCUGUGACUGUUUCUCAGUGUCUGUCCUUUUCUAUCUGCCUUUGGUAGGUCCUGCGCCAGGCGCUCUCUUAUUUUUGUAAUACAAGGUUUCUGAGCCUUC